AUGGCUUUACAGGAGAGGGUAGGUAGUUUAUUAGAUAUCCCAAUUAUACCUCCUCCCUUUAUACGUUCUUUACAAAGGUCGCGGUCCAGCAGCCCGACUAGACCCAGUGAUACACAAUAUCACGGCGGCCAUCUGCGGCGCGCAAAAAUCUUUCUCACUAUAUCGAUACUAACAAAAGCUUUAUAUACAGCCAUCAACAACCUAAAACCUGCAGGGUUUGAGGCUGUUCGUAAUCGAGUUAGAUUGGCACGGAGAUUUAAACCUCCAGUGCAGAACCCUCGGCCUACAAUUUUGCAGGAGAAUGCUAGCACAGAUUCCUCACGUGUAAUUGAACCAGUUAUCCCUGUAUUCAAACUGAAGGGUCCCCGGCCAGAUAUAUAUGCUGGCCUGUCGGACGACAGUUUAGCAGAUGCCCUUAAGCCUACGAAAGAUCGCUAUAUCGUACAAAGUCUCUUGCUUGAUAUACAAGAUGCCUCUACCUUAAUCAGUAAUCUGUAUAUUUACCCCAAUCAAGCUGCAGUCGAUGGCUCAGUAGCCAUUCUGAUCCUUCAAAGUCUCUCAGACCUUCGGGAUGGCCAGGAUCUGAACAAAGAAAAUUAUGAUAAUGUCUUUUCUAUCGCUACUGAGGGGCCAGUUUAUGAAUUAUGGAUUCAUUUUCGAGAGCCUACAAGAAAACUUUUACAUGCUGUCUUGAGAGGCGGUAACAGUGAAUUAAAAUGUCAGAUAAUUAGCAUUCUUAACGAUUUAUGA